UUCUUUCUCUACUCAUUUUUUUCUUCCAUUCAUCAUUUUCAGCUUUUGAACAAUUCUUCCAUUCUUCAUAUCUCUCCUUUCUAUUGCUUACCCUCUUUUCUUUCCUCCAAAAAGCUUCCAUCUUUGCCCUUUUGGGUUUCAUUAAUUGCUUUUUUCUACAAUUUUUUUCAUACCAAAUUCUUUGCUUAUUUCUGAAAAUAUUACUGAUUUUUUUUUUGGGAACCCUUUUAUGCUUUGGAACUCAGAUUCAUUUGGAGAGGUCACAUCAAUCUAUGCCGUCUUGGAUUUGCUUUCACGUUAAGAAUAAGUGAUCAAUAUCAAGCAUCUUUCUAAUCAAGUUUCUAGAUCAGCUUUGGAUCGAUGUGUACUAUGUGCGAAUAUUGUGGUGGAAGCUUGACGGAAUCAAAUGCCGGCAAUACAAAACAUGAAAAUGAGAGUAGUUUAAAGGUGAAUGGAAAAGUUCCCUCUAAACCUUGUAAAUCUUGUGGAGAGAAGAAGCUAGAGCGAGAUAAUGAAAAACGGAAUAGUACAAAUCCAUAUGCGACACUUUAUAUCAGUCCAACUGCAUCGCUGUCAAGUACUGACAGCUGCGUGUCCACUUGCAGCGAGUUUUCAGUUGAUGUGAACUCAUUUGACAGGAAUAGCCGAGAAGACAGUAUAGUUGAAGGUGUUAUAGAAGAUUUUGAUCACAAGUCGAAUGCAAAAUCACAGAUUGUGAUGGAAAACAAUAUCCAAGAAAGAUGUAACAAGAUCGAGGGCUAUGCUGUGAGAGACAUAGAGAUUGCAGAAGGAGAUAGCUUUCAAGAAGCUAAAGCCGAUGAUUCUGAAAACCCAACUGCUUUGGCUACUGAAGAAAAUGACUAUUCUUUUCCAGAUGAUCUGGAUAUCCAAAUUUGGGAACUACCUGGGCCAGAAAACCUUCACGAUGAUGUGGAAAAUAGUGUGAUUUGUGAUGACGAUGAUGAAGAGCAGGGUAUUGGAAUUGCAGACUUGGGCGAGCCAAUCUCUAUGAGUAGUUCUAAUAAUGAAUUAUGUGUGGGUUAUAGGUUUAGAGAGGAAAGACAGAGCGAAUUGGAAAAAUUAAUGAAUGGGAAAUUUAAGGACCUUGUAGGUCAGCUUCUUAAAUCCGUGGGAGUUUCCUCUUCCACUGAAGGUGAUAAGAGUUGGGUGGACAUAAUUACGUAUUUAUCUUGGGAAGCAGCUGCGUUUUUGAAGCCUGGUGCUAUCGGAGACAAUGCAAUGAAUCCUGAUGGAGUUGUUAAAGUGAAAUGCAUUGCAGUUGGUUCUCCCAGCCAAAGCCAACUAUUCAAAGGUUCGGUCUUCAAGAAACACGCUUCUCACAAGCAUAUGCCAACUAAGUACAAAAAUCCAAGGUUGCUGCUGAUUAAGGGCACGGUUGGCCAUUCUAUGAAUGCACUGUCCUCAUUUAACUCCAUGGAUCAGGAGAAAGACUAUCUGAAAUCUAAAAUGGAUAUUAUAAAAAAAAGUCAUCCAGAUGUUAUAUUAGUGGAGAAAACUGUUUCUCGUGAUAUACAAGAGGCAAUUCUGGAAAAUGGGAUGACACUGGUACUUGAUAUGAAGCUUCAUCGAGUGGAAAGAGUUGCACGUUGCACCGGGUCACCAAUUUUUUCAUGUGAUGAUUUGAACGGACAAAAACUAAGACAGUGUGACUCUAUUUAUUUUGAGAGAUUUGUGGAGGAACAUGAUGGUAUUGAAGGAGGAAAGAUGCCCACCAAGACCUUGAUGUUCAUUGAAGGAUGUCCUAUGCGUUUGGGCUGCACGAUUUUGCUGAAAGGAACACGCAGUGAUGAACUGAAGAGAAUCAAAUGUGUCACGCGGUGUGCAGUUAUCGUGGCAUAUAACUUAAUCCUUGAAACCGCCUUUCUUAUUGAUCAGAAAGUAAUGUUCUCUACCAUUCCUCAAGAUGAUGUGGCAGAUAUCUUGCCAACUAAUCAAGAGUCCAGCGAUUCAGCAUCUAUUAUUUCAAGUGUUCCGUCGUCUCUUGAGCAUUCUGAUGAAAAUGGUAUAGUUACUACUGAUAUUCCCAUAUGCGAUGGACUUCAUGAAAAAUGCACGAAUGGUUUAACGGUAGAAUCUGAAGAUGUUUCCCCAUUUUCUUAUGAACCAUAUAAUCCAGCUGUCUUUUCUGGAUUCUCAGCAAUUUCAUCUUCUCUGAAGAAGGUUAUGGGGGACAGUUUUCCCUUUGCUGGAUCUGCUCCUUACCAGAAUCUAUCAACAUACUUUGGUUUCAAUGUAGGGAAACCCGAUGAACAGGUCAAAAAUUCUACUGUAGACUCUCCGAAGGCAGAUGAGAAUACCGGGAUUGAAGCAAACAAUCAUUCUGAUGAAGUAAAGUUACUUAAUGAUGGACAAAGCCUGUCUUCACCUGACUCCAACAGAGAUAUAAGUAACAUUGAUAAUGAUAGUAAAGAACUCCAAAGUAAAGAUGAUAUCAAUGCAGUGUUGGAUUCUCAGAGUAUUUUGGUCUUGAUGUCUAGCCGUAAUGCCUUAAAAGGAACCACGUGCCAGCAAAGUCAUUUUUCCCAUAUUAUGUUCUACAAGAAUUUUGACAUCCCAUUUGGAAAGUUUCUGCAGGAUAACCUACUAAAUCAGACAAGACUUUGCGACACCUGUCAAGAAUUGCCGGAAGCGCACCUUUAUUAUUAUGCUCAUCACAAUAAACAGCUUACUAUACAAGUGAAGCGAUUACCACCAGGAAUUGUUUUAGCUGGGGAGGCAGAAAGGAAAAUUUGGAUGUGGAGCCGCUGUGGAAAAUGCAAGUCUUGUUGUACAAAGAGAGUGUUGAUAUCCACCACUGCCCGUAGUCUAUCAUUUGGAAAAUAUCUGGAGCUUAACCUUUCACAUUAUCCAUCUAGCAGAAAAUUGAGCUGCGGGCAUUCUCUUGAUAGGGAUUUUCUCUACUUCUUUGGAUUAGGUCACAUGGUUGCAGUGUUCAGACAUUCUUCCGUUACUACUUAUACCGUGUCUAUGCCUCCUCAAAUGCUAGAGUUGAGUGGUGCAAUGAAACAAGAGUGGCUUUUGAAAGAGACUGAGAAUGUGCACAUGAAAGGCAUAUCACUAUUCACAGAAAUUGCAAACUGUUUGAAGACAAUACAAUUUGAUGGAUCAAUGAGAGAAUUCUCUGAGGUUGAGAAGAUGUUAAAGCAAGAGCGAGUAGAGUUUGAGGCUAACAUUAAGACUGUUGUUGCUAAGAAAGGUGAUACAGACCGGGCUUCCUUCAAACUUCUCUGUCUAAACCGAUUGAUGUGGGAUCUGCUGAUUGAAUCCGUUGUGUGGAAUCAACGCUUGAAAUCAUUACGCUCUCCUGAGAAGGUUGUGCAAGAGUAUAGUUAUUCAAAGGUGGAAGGUAUUGCUGGUAGAGAAACUGCAUCUAUGGGUAAUCUUAGGGAAGCUGGCGAUGCGAAUGGGGAUGCCAGUGUACAAAUUAUGUCGGAAACAUCUGUGGAAGUAAAUGUAAUCUCAUUAAAGGAAAUCCCUAUCAGUGGAUCUCCUCAAGAGUCCAAUGAACCGGAUGAUCCAUCUAAAACUCUUGAUAUCCCUCAGAAUGUGAAAAUACAAACUGUUGAUGAUUUGGGAUCGAAGAUAUCUUCUGACCAAAAAUUGGAACCGAGUUCAAAUGUUUUAACUCAAUUUCCUUCUGCAAAUGGUCACCUUCAAGUACAUGAAAACAUUCCAGCUGCUACAGAUAUUCAACAUGGUCGUUCAAUUGCUGAUUCAAAGGUAUUCAACAAGAGUGCUUCAAUGAAUUCACCUGUUUUGGUCUUGCCAGAUUCUAAUGAAUGGUUCUGGAAGCCAUUUGCUUAUAUUCGACAAAUGGGCGUAAGGGAGUUUCAGAAAAGUUUCUUUCCAAAAUUUGAAUAUUUUUGCACCUCAAUUACAGAACAUGUGCCCGCAGCCAAUCAAUUGAUCACCGAAGAAGGUCCAAGGUUGCACAUUCCUCUCAAGACAGAUAAUUAUAUUGUGUCUGAUUUUGAGGGUGAACCCUCGAGCAUAAUUGCUUGUGCGCUGGCCUUUUCGAAAGAUUCAUCUGAGGAGACAGAUAUUGUUGAAGGCGAUAUGAGAGAAACUGGAAUAACUUCAAAAUCUACAUAUUUUUCAAAUGGCUCUCAAGAUUCAGAUGCACAUUCUACCAGAAGUACAUCUUCAGAAGAGUCACAAGCAUCUCGUGCUGCGGAAAACCAUAGCAUAGAAAUUCAUCUGGGUUAUGCAAAAUCACUUGGGAGGGAAAAAUAUACUGUGAUUUGUCAUUAUUUUAAGCAGUUCCGUGCACUUAGGAAUCGGUGUUGUCCAUCUGAGAUUGAUUAUAUCGCUUCUUUAAGCCGUUGUAUGAAUUGGGAUGCCAAAGGUGGAAAAAGCAAGUCUUUUUUCGCAAAAACGCUUGAUGACAGGUUCAUCAUAAAGGAAAUCAAGAAGCUGGAACUUGAAGCAUUUUUGGGGUUCUCAUCUCUGUACUUCAAACACAUGAGAGAGUCAUUUGAGUCUGGGAGCCAAACAUGUCUUGCAAAAAUCUUGGGGAUAUAUCAGGUUUGUGUACUGUUGUUUUAUACAUUUAUUUUUCUGUCAUUUGCCAAAAUUUUCUCCCUUUUGAGCAUUUCAAUAUCUAUGCAGGUUACUAAAAGACACAUCAAAACUGGAAAAGAGGUUAAGCAUGACCUCGUGGUGAUGGAAAAUCUUGCCUACAAUCGAAAUAUUGUACGCCAGUAUGAUCUUAAAGGUGCCCUUUUUGACCGGUAUACUUCAGCUGCUGUUGGUGCUGGAGAUGUUCUUUUGGAUCAGAACUUUGUGAAUGACAUGAACUCUUCCCCGUUAUAUGUCAGUCACAAAGAAAAGCGAGUUCUUCAGCGAGCUGUAUGGAAUGACACAUCUUUUCUCAAUUCAAUCAAUGUGAUGGACUAUUCCCUACUGGUUGGAGUUGAUUCUCAGAAGCGCGAGCUUGUUUGUGGGAUCAUUGAUUAUCUUAGGCAGUAUACCUGGGACAAGCAUCUUGAAACAUGGAUGAAGUCUUCACUUGUUGUGCCCAAGAAUCUAUUGCCAACCAUAAUCUCUCCGAAAGAAUACAAGAAGAGGUUCAGAAAAUUUAUGUCAACAUAUUUUUUUAGUGUACCAGAUCAUUGGUGUUCUCAGAAGUCCCCUAGUCCUUGCAAACUUUGUGCUCCGGGGAUGACCCUUCCCAACAAAAAUCCUAGCGCCACUAGGGUUCCAAAUGAUUGCUCGACCUAGAUCUUUUUACUUUAUCAAAAGAAUUAUACAAAUUGGGAAUUUAUGCGAUUAUGCGACUAUUUUAGCAUAGUAUAGACUGUCAAUAUUGUUUAAAAACCUAGCCCUGAUAUUCUACAAUUUUAGAGAAUUUCUGGGAAUGCAUUUACAGGUUCACCCUGUCCAACAUGGGAUGAACAAUUUUUUUUUUGUUGUAAAUCCAAGGGAACAAUGUAAAGGUUUAUUUUGGAUCAAUGGAAAAUACAGUUGAUAGAGUUAAA